AGAUUAAUUCGUAAAAGAAAUAAAACACUUUUUAGAAUUGUUACCAACGUCAGUUCUCUUUAUAGUGUAUAACCCAAAAACUGCAAUGGACGAAAAAGAGCAGAAGGAUGUAAUCUUAAAUGAAACACAAAAACCUGAACAACUCAGUAAAAAGGAAACAAGAUCCAAAUUACAAAAUCAUGACGCCCAAGAAGACGUUGUCUGCCAAUGGGAAGCUGAGACAUUUCACGAAAGAGAUGACGAAAACCCACCAGAUAGUUCUAUUGACUACGAAAUUGAUUACAAUGACUACGACUUUGGAAAUUGGCGUAUCAACAACUACCGAGAUCCAUAUGGUAAUCAAACUCUUGGAGGUUUUAUUCCACCUCAAAUGAAUUUUGCGAAAGAGGCUUCCAGUAAUACUUCAGCUGUACCCGUAGGACCUACUCCACCACCACCACCACCUCCACCUCCCAAUCCUCCAACAUAAACAGAACCUUUUUCAUUUUGGCCUUUAUCAUAUCGACCAAAAAUGCAAUUUGUGAGAAGUAAAGUGGUGUAAACAAAAAGGUUUAUCUGUUAUUUCUGUAUUUCUUUGUGAAACAAUGAAACACUUAAGCUACUUAGGCCGACCUUAUAGUAUUUGUAAAUUGUUGUGUGCAUGUAUGUGUAUGUUUUUAACUCAUAACAUCAAAUAUUUGCCACUUGCCGAUAUAAUUUUGUAUUCAUAUAAAGGAGAAUUACAACAUGAUACAACUGAAGAUCUCUUUUUAAUAUCAAACUUAAUACAUAACUGUAUUUUUUAUGUUACGGCUUUAUAAAAAAAAAAAGCAGCCCCCCUCCUUUCUUCUCGAAAAUAAACAGACAUUCAUGAGGGAUGGGUGUGUCUGGAUUAGAAACCCGACGACCGGACACGCUCAACAUACAAAAAUACAGAUUGAAUAUUUAGGAACUCCCUUUUUUGGGGCAAUCCAGGGAGGGGGGUCCGGGAGUUAGAACCACCGAUUUUUUCAAAAGAUCAAUGCUUUAGAAUAGAGACAUAUGAUUGGAAUCAAAAAUUUUACCUUCAAGCAAAAGAGUAUUUAGGGAGCAACCAUUUUAACUUCAAUGGGGGGUUAUGGUUUUUUGAAAAAAAUACUCUCGCAAAUUGCGAACAAUUUUAUUUAGUUUUU